UCUAUUAUUUAACACUAUCACCAAAUAAAUCUCUCUUUUUCUCUAUAUAACAUAUCUUACAAAAUACAAGAUUUAAACCGGUUUCCGAUCUCAUUCAAAUCCUUAAUAACCGGCGAUCGAAAUGGAUAGAAUAAGGGCGUUUUUGGUAGCCGUGGCGGUUGUCACCAUAUGCGGCAUACCUCAGGUCAGAUCCACCGCUUCCGAUCAUCGUUACAAAGCUGGUGAUGAAGUUCCUCUUUAUGCUAAUAAAGUAGGUCCUUAUCACAAUCCCAGUGAGACCUAUCGUUACUUCGAUUUUCCGUUCUGUUCCUCAGCUCCCGUGAAGGAGAAGAAGGAAGCUUUGGGUGAAGUAUUGAAUGGAGAUCGACUAGUGAGUGCGCCUUAUAAACUUGAGUUUUUGACGGAGAAAGAGGCUGAAAUUGCUUGUAAAAGGAAGCUUACGAAGGAAGAAGUGGUCAAGUUCAGAAAAGCUGUCUCGAAAGACUAUUACUUCCAGAUGUACUACGAUGACCUUCCCAUUUGGGGUUUCUUGGGGAAAGUUGAAAAGGAAGGGAAGACCGAUCCAGCUGAUUACAAAUAUUACCUCUUUAAGCAUCUCGUUUUUGAGAUCCAUCAUAACAAGGAUCGUGUCAUUGAGAUCACUGUUCGAUCUGAUCCCAACGCCCUUGUGGAUCUCACUGAAGAUGUACCAGUUGAUGUGGAUUUUAUGUACACUGUUAAAUGGAAGGAAACCAACACUCCUUUCGAGAAACGGAUGGACAAGUACUCGCUAUCUUCUUCCUUGCCACACCAUUUGGAAAUCCACUGGUUCUCAAUCAUCAACUCAUGUGUCACCGUUUUGUUAUUGACUGGUUUCCUGGCCACCAUUCUUAUGCGAGUCCUGAAGAAUGAUUUCAUCAAGUAUGCACAUGAUGAGGAAUCGGCAGAUGACCAGGAGGAGUCUGGGUGGAAGUAUAUUCAUGGUGAUGUGUUCAGAUACCCCAAGCACAAGUCCUUGUUUGCCGCCGCCCUUGGUUCUGGCACCCAGCUCUUCACUCUUACAAGUUUCAUUUUUAUCCUUGCUCUAGUUGGGGUCUUUUAUCCAUAUAACCGAGGAGCUCUUUUCACUGCUCUGGUCGUCAUUUAUGCCCUUACAUCUGGCAUUGCUGGGUACACUGCAGCUUCUUUCUAUUGCCAGCUAGAAGGAACAAAUUGGGUGAGAAACUUAUUACUAACCGGAAGCUUGUUUUGCGGACCUCUGUUUGUCACAUUUUGCUUUCUUAAUACCGUCGCAAUUGCUUAUAAAGCCACAGCAGCAUUGCCAUUUGGAACCAUUGUGGUGAUUUUUCUCAUAUGGGCUCUAGUCACUUCACCUUUAUUAGUAUUAGGAGGUAUUGCUGGGAAGAAUAGUAAGGCGGAGUUUCAAGCCCCUUGUCGCACCACAAAAUAUCCUAGAGAGAUCCCACCAUUGCCUUGGUACCGGAAAACUAUUCCUCAGAUGGCAAUGGCAGGUUUCUUGCCAUUCAGUGCUAUCUAUAUUGAACUUUACUACAUAUUUGCCAGCGUGUGGGGACAUAGGAUCUACACCAUAUACAGCAUCCUGUUUAUUGUCUUUAUCAUUCUCUUGAUUGUCACUGCUUUUAUCACUGUGGCUUUGACUUAUUUUCAACUUGCUGCUGAAGACCAUGAGUGGUGGUGGAGGUCCUUCCUUUGUGGUGGGUCUACCGGGCUGUUCAUAUACACCUACUGUUUGUAUUAUUACAAUGCACGGUCAGACAUGUCAGGCUUCAUGCAAACUUCGUUCUUCUUUGGGUACAUGGCCUGCAUUUGCUAUGGCUUCUUCCUCAUGCUCGGGGCUAUCGGCUUCCGUGCAUCUCUGCUCUUUGUUCGACACAUUUACCGUUCAAUCAAGUGUGAGUAGGAAGUUGGAUGGUCUUCCCUGUUCACAAGAAGUAAGCAUACUUUUGCUUUAUCAGAACCAGUUGAUAGGUAGUUUAUCAAAAGAUUCUACGAUGAUGAUUACGAAAAGAGCAGACCGGAAGCGCGUGGGUGCUUUGGGCUGCUUUGGCAGUGUUGUAUGAAAUAUGAACCAUUCUAAACCUUAGUUGAUGCCAACAAAAACUUUGCAUUCCUCACUUCACCAUUCCCAUUUUGUUUACAAUUAUUAUUAUUUUUGUUGGAGUGAAAACAUGUUGAAUAUUGAGAUGCAUACUUCUAGGACGAACUUUUGUUAUUACGCAGUCAUUUUCAUGUUGUUAGCUCUAAAAACAAUAAUAUAUGUCUACAUUUUGCAAUCAA